CUGGAUACUCAACAAACACAAAAUAUGACCCACAUCAGAUUAAGGCAGAAAUAGCAAGCCGUCGGGAUCGGCUUUCCAGAUUAAAGCGGGAGCUGACACAGAUGAAGCAAGAGCUGCAGUACAAGGAGAAGGGGGUGGAGACCCUGCAAGAAAUUGACCGGAAGAUGUCAAGUACUCACACCAACUACAAGCUGGACGAGGCCCAGGCUAUCAUGAGCGAGCUGCGGACCAUCAGGAAAGCCAUCUGUACUGGCGAGAAGGAGCGGCAGGACCUGAUGCAGAGUCUGGCCAAGCUGACGGAUAGCUUCCGGAACAGCUGUUCUCUCACCGAGCCCCUGCAGGAGCUGCCGCAUGGCACAGGCCUGCUGUUGUCACAGCAGUUCUGUGAUGCUGGCUCUCAGACUGAUGCCAUUGGGGAGUUUGUCUUUGAUGAUAAAACAAGACUUGUGGACAGAGUCCGGCUUAAUUGGCAGUAUGAGGAAGCCCGGAAGAGAGUCUCCAGUAUCCAGCAGCAGCUGGCGCAGUUGGAGAGCGAGUCAUGGCCGGGUAUGGCCGAGGCUGACCGGGACCGGUUGCAGCUGGUCAAAGAGAAGGAAGCCCUGCUGCAGGAGCUGCAGCUCACCCUGCAGCAGCAGCGGCCACCUGAGGACCUGGGCCGGCUAGAGGAGGAGCGGCAGCGCUUGGAGGAGGAGAUCCAGCGUGCCCGUGCCACCUCUGUGCAGGGGGCCACAGAAAGGAUUCUCCUUCAGGACAAAAGAAACUGUCUCCUUAUGCAGCUGGAGGAAGCCACCCGCUUAGCAUCCUACCUCCAGUCCCAGCUCAAAAGCCUGUCUGCCAGCACCCUGACCAUGUCAUCGGGGAGUAGCCGGGGUUCCCUCGCCUCCAGCCGGGGCUCCCUUGCCUCCAGCCGGGGCUCGCUGAGCUCCAUCAGCUUCACCGACAUCUAUGGACUCCCACAGUACGAAAAGCCCGAUGCCACCGAGGGCAGCCAGCUCCUGCGCUUCGACCUGAUCCCCUGCGAUGCCCUGGCGCGAGAUGCCCCCUUCUCUGAACCCCCGGGCCCCUCAGGCUUCUACAAGCCAAGGCUGUCCCUGGAUACACCCCAGUCUCUGGCGUCCCUGUCCUCCCGUUCCUCCCUGUCCUCCCUGUCCCCACCGAGCUCACCCCUGGACACCCCCUUCCUGCCGGCCUCGCGUGACUCACCCCUGGCCCCGUUGUCCGACAGUUUGGAGGUGCCAGGCCUGGGCGCCCUUGAUAGACUGAGGGCGCAGGCCUCUGCUUUGGGCGAUGAGGAUGCACCCAGCACCACAUCUCUGCAGCUGCACGGAUUCCCUGGGGAUGGGGACGUGCCUCGAGAGCAGGCACCCCAACUGGCCACCGCUUCUGCGAGCACAGCAGUGACUCUUCGAGAAGACAGUGCCAGGAGGCUGGAGCGGAGAGUGCGUCGCGUCUCUGUCUGCCUGUCAGACUAUUCGCUCGCCAGUGAUAGCGGUGUGUUCGAACCUCCGCCCAAGAGGAGCGAGGACACUGAAGAGUCUGUACCUGGAAGUGUGCGUGAAGGGCCCCAGAUCUACGUCGGCUUCUUGCACGAUGGUGCCAGCGAGUGUCUGCUGGUGAACGUGCUGCAACUGAAGAACUUCGAGGGGCUGUUGAUGCAGGAGGACAGCAAGAUACACAUCCGGGUCUAUCUGCCACCACUGGACUCCAGCACGCCCACCACCUACUGCUCGAAGGCUCUGGAAUUUCAUGCCCCCCUGGUGUUUAAUGAGGUUUUCCGCAUCCCUGUGCAUGCCAGCAUGCUGACCUUGAAGUCGCUGCAGCUGUACGUGUGUUCCGUGAAUCAGCAUCGGCAGGAAGAGCUGCUGGGCAUUUCUCAGAUCAGCUUGGCCGACUCCAACUGCUCGAAGGACAUGCAGCUGAACUGGUACCCCGUGCAGGUGUUCACCAGCUCCCAGCCUCCCCGAGCAAGGGACAGUGAACCUGCUGAGGAAAGCACACAUCCUGCACCUGCCACCCUUGGGAAGACGGACGCAGUGACCGUACUGCUGGCCAGAACCACAGCACAGCUGCGGGCAGUGGAGAGAGAGCUGGCCGAGGAGCGAGUGAAGCUGGAGUACACAGAAGAGGAGAUCCUGGAGAUGGAGCGCAAAGAGGAGCAGGCCGAGGCUGUGUCUGAGAGGAGCUGGCAGGCCGACUCAGUGGACAGUGGCUGCAGCAGUUGUGCCCAGACCAGCCCCCCACACCCAGAACCUUGCUGCAUGGGGGCCGAGCCCACCUCUGGAAAUGUGUUCACAGCCCAAGUGAACCUAUACAAUCCUGGGCAGCUUCAGCCGCCAUCAAUUAAGGUUGAUAAGGAAACCAACACGGGAGACCUUUUCCCAGAGGAAGUGGCAAGCCUGCCGAAGGAGAGGCCAGGCCGCCGGGCCCGCGGGUCACCCUUCGUGCGUAGUAGCACCAUCGUGCGCUCACAGACUUUCUCCCCAGGGGCACGCAGCCAGUGUGUUUGCCGACUUUAUCGUAGUGACAGCGACAGUUCCACACUGCCCCGGAAGUGCCCCUUUGUUCGAAAUACUUUGGAAAGACGAACCCUUCGCCAUAAACAGACCUGCAGGUCCUCCCUGGCUGAGCUCAUGGCUCGCACAUCCCUGGAUCUGGAGCUGGAUCUCCAGGCUUCGAGAACCCGGCAGUGGCAGUUGAAUGAGGAACUGGGUGCCCUCCGAGAGCUGCGACAGCGACUGGAGGAUGCCCAGGUGCAUGGCCAGACUGACCUCCCGCUCUGGGUGCAGCGAGAUGAGCGCUUUCGGAGUCUGCUGAAGGAGGCCGAGCGGCAGAUGAGACAGACCAAACUUGACUUCCAUCAGGAACAGGCAGCUGAGAAGAUGCUGAAGAAAGCCUCCAAAGGGGUGUGCCAGCUUCGCGGACAGAACCACAGUGAGCCCAUCCAAGUGCAGACCUUCAGGGAGAAGAUUGCAUUUUUCACAAGACCAAGGAUUAAUGUACCUCCUCUGCCUGCCGAUGAUGUCUGAUGUGCACAUGAAGUAUUUAUCUGCCUGUCUUAUUUCCAUGAGUUCUUAGAUGAGCUGAACCUGUCUUUAAAAUAUUUGUGCAAAGCUAUUAAUAUACACAUUUUGUAAAAAACAAAACAAAGCAAAACACGUAUAUCUAUACAUAUAUAGUUUAUAAUAGUGACAACAACAAGGCUUGGUUUUCCCUUGUUGUGAAUUUGACAUCUCUGAAGACAGCUUAUUUUAUAAAAGAUCAACUAUCGUGUUAAGAGUGUACAGAUUUUACACUGUUUUAUUUGACUUAAAGGCUGGAAGACAGAAACGAAGUGAGUUCAGGCAAAUUCACUGCAUUGUAAUUUAUUUAUAGUACUUUUUUUUCCUUGAAGGAAAAUACUGACUUUAAGAUGUAUUGUAAGACUGCCUUUUGUUCUCGGUUAUUUGUCACGCAGUAGAACGGACAUUUGAGGGCCGGUUUUGUUUCUGACACCAGAAAUGCGAACGCUGUGUGCUAACCCCGUCAGUCUCACAUACAUGCGUUGAUGGCCUGUGUUGUACACUUGCACAUGCUCUGUGUUCUGUCCAGAUACCAGCUGCAGUGCUUUGGCCCUAAGUGUGUAAUUGAUGGCACUGGGCUCCAGCGGGGCCCUCUGUGCUGCCAGCCUGGUCUCUCUUGUUUUACCUUGCUUCGUUGUGGGCUUGCCAGGAAUCCAAGGCAGCCCCCAGAACCCCCCAUAUCUUAGGCUUUUAGCCUGCCUCUCUACAGUGGGGUCCACACUGCCCAGCUUCCCAGACCUCGGGGCACUCUGCCUGUGCUUGUUUUGAUCCUGGUCACUGGGAAGGUGGUUCCCUCUCCUGAAGGGGGAUGGAAGCCGAACCAUAGGCUGGGUGACUCCGCUGGUGUGUCCGGUAGUGACCACCUGGAUCUGCCACCCUUUGAAGGCAGCACAAGUGGGAACUAGAAUUAGCCAGCCUGUCACUUCCAGGAGAGUCUUUGAUUUCAAUCAGAAUGCCCCAUCCUGCCCAGACUGAAGUCUACCCAACAUUUCUCAAGAAAUCUUAGAAGUAAUUCAUGAGCAAACCAAUUAUUUUAUGUAAGAAAGUUUACCCUGAUUCUUUCAAAAUAUCAAAUGAUAGGAAUACUGUGCCUAAACCUAUUUAUUCUCUCUAAAGUGCACUCUCCUUGGGGAGGUCUUGGGAAAUGGAGAGAGGGACGUUCCACAAAAUGUACCAGAAAAGAGAACCCUCUCUCCUGAGGUCUUUCUGCCCCUCUCUUGGAAAGACCCCCCCUUUAAUCAGCCUCUCCACAGUAGUCUGUAGAGCCCCCCACCCCAUAACCCGCUUCCCCUCUUAUAUUUAUCACAAAUCAAGUAAAUUUUGUAGAAGCAAUCAUUGACACGCGACCUAUCACGGACAGUGGGAUUUGUCGGUGAUGGUAAAGACUGAAAAUUUCCUGCUUUGCACAGUUGUCCUCUCGUGCUCUGCAUUGCUCUCUAGCCUUGCUUUUUUUUUUUUUUUUUCUUAAUAGCUAAAUUCUCUGUCUGCAUGCCCACAGCAGAGGUGGCAACCCAGAGUGGCAGUGCAGGCCCCUCUGGCUGGCCCCAGCUGCUGACACUGAACCAGCAAGGAAGAGCAGUUGCUUCUGGACUCUGGGGGUACCAUGUGGGGCAGGUUACUCGUGCUAAUGCCAGCAUAAGGCUUCCCGGGUGCAAUGCCCUGGGCACUUUGUCUCUGUAAGUGGGGAGGCGGGCCAAGGCCACUUUCCUUCCAGGCCCUGCUGAGUAGCAGCAAUGUGGAAAUCCCCACUGUGCCAACAGUUACCAGGCCCUCAAGUAAGGGUUUCAGAAGAGCCCGUCUCCACCCACUGCCUACUCUGCCUGGAGUCCUUCCUUUACCAGAGGGAUUAAAGUCCAGCCUCCCACCUUUGCCCCCACCAGAAACAAAUGCCAGCCCAAGAAGCCCUCGUGUUUGCCAGCUUUCGGGUUUUGUGCUUGCCUCCCCAUGUGCAUCUGCUCUCACACCUGCCGGGGACCAGAGGAAGGAGAGAAGAGGCAGGUGAACAGAGGCGGGCAAGGUGGCAGCAACAGAGGCUGAGCCCGGUGGGCAGAGGGUAGGUUAUAGGCUGGAAGGACACAUCCCAGUUGGCUUCUCCAUCAUGACUUCAUUUGGCACCUUCCAAGACUAAAGACUGCCACCCCUGGGAAAUAAAAGGCCUACUGUCUUAAGGGUUGUUUUUGUCUUGUGUUGAAAUUUGUCUGUGUACCUUGCCCCCGAAAAGGCAACUACCAUAUUUUCUCAGCAGUUCUAAUCCAGAGGACCUGAAGUCUGCCACCAGGGUUCUUUAGAAGCAGAAGGACGAGUAAAAGGGAAUUUGGCCUUUACUUCCUCUAAUCACUGAAUUGCCACUGCUGAUUUAAGUAGCCUGUUGUGGGAAUAAGUUAUAAUCAGUAUUCAUCUCUGUUUUAUUGUCACUGUUCUCUCUGAUUGUGUCAUUUGUAUUGUUUGAAGAUACUCCUCCUAUGAAAUUAAACUAAUCUGCCUUACAAA